AUGAGAGCUUUAGCUCGUGUUAUAUUUUGCCUAUGGCUGUUUUAUCAAGUGCAGUAUAGUGAAACAAAUCUUAUAUACAAAUGGGUAAACCUGGAGUGCAAUGUUAAUCCCAAGCGUGUGGAAAAUGUUAGUUGUCGCAUCAAGGCCAUUAACUGGAACAAGGCUGUGGCUAUAAUGGACUGUGAUCUCAAACAGCCAUUGUAUAAAAUAAUUUCUCAUGUGCAGGUUUUCAAAAGGGACUACAGCAACAAGUAUCAACCAUUUCUAAUUAAUUUUGAGCAUAACUUUUGCGAUGUUAUCGCCAAGCGCAACUUUAAUGUUUAUGGCGUAAUUGCAUUGAAGCUUUUGAAGCGGUUCUCAAAUGUAAAUCAUUCCUGCCCAUUGGAAGGACACAUGCAAGCAUUCGAUUUGAGCCUUGAUCCCAAGCUGCUGCCACGCUGGCCGUUGGGCGUAUACAAAAUAUCAAUAAGGCUGAAAGACCAAAUGGACGCAACACAAGCCAUUGAACAUGUGGGCGAUAUUAAUGCGUAUUUCCAAAGCAUGGAAGUUGUGAAUAUGACACGACGAAAUCAAAAACCAAAGCGCACAUAA